GUCUGGAGUGAUGUCGAGGGAAGCGAUGGAAAGCUACCUCUACGCCGCUUACCAUCCCUACUACCGCUAUCCGCCGCCCAAGGGCAAGGGCGGCUCGGCGGGCGGCUGGCGGCCGCGGGGCAGCGGCUACUUCUCGGGCUACGGAGAGGCGGCCGCGGCCGAGUACUUCGACAACUACCAGCGGGCGCAGCUGAAAGCCAUCCUCUCCCAGGUCAACCCCAACCUGACGCCGCGGCUCCGCAAGGCCAACACCAAGGAGGUGGGCGUGCAGGUGAACCCGCGGCAGGACGCCUCCGUGCAGUGCUCCCUCGGGCCCCGCACGCUGCUGCGGCGCCGUCCAGGGCCCCCCACCGGGCCACGGCCCCGGGAGACGGAGCAGGAGCAGGGCAGCCCCGCCACCACCAACACCCGCGCCGUGCGCUUCUCUCGCACCAUGGACAUUUACUCGCCCGUGGCGUCCCGCAGACUUACCGCUUUCCUGGAGGAGACGGAGCAGCGGCCGCGGGAGAUGGCGUCGGCGGCCGUCGAGGAGGAGCCGGCUGCGUUGCGGGAGCAGCGGGAGGCAGAGGCGGCUGCCGUGCGGGACAGCUGGGAGAAGCCCCCCGAGGCCGGCGCCGAGCCGCUGGAGCAGCGCUCCGCCGAGCCGCCGGAGCAGCGCCCGGCCGCCACCCCGGAGCCAGCGGCGGCGGGGCCGGAGGAGAGCAAGGAAGAGGCGGUGGCAGAAACGCGGGUGGAGCCGGCGGCCGCCCCUCAGAAGCAGGAGCCGGCGGCGAGCAAGACUCGUCUGCGCUUUCAGUUCCUGGAGCAGAAGUACGGCUACUACCACUGCAAGGACUGCAACAUCCGCUGGGAGAGCGCCUACGUCUGGUGCGUCCAGGGCACCAACAAGGUCUACUUUCGGCAGUUCUGCCGAACCUGCCAGAAGUCCUACAACCCGUACCGCGUGGAGGACAUCACCUGCCAGACUAAAGCCAAAGCAAGCUUGUGGUUACUGCAUCUUCAGGGACAGUGUUCACACCCUGCUGGGGAAGGGAGUCACUCUCCUGGCAAAUGAGUUUCCCAUCUUCCACAAGGCUCAGAGUGUGGUACUGCAUCUGCCUGGUUCUGUCUCGUACCUGCAGAUGAUGUACAAGAGCGGUGCACUUGGUGGCUUGCACUCGGGUCUGAUCUACUUAAUUAGGUGUCUGUUGUCAGAGAAGGAUCAAACUCCUUCAUCCUUCUGGGGUUGGGUUUGCAGCUAGGAGUUGCACAACUUGGCUGUAGUGGCAGAACCAGCGUGGUUACUCCGGGGUGAUGCUCUGAGGUCUUUUGGGGCUGUCGGUGAGAAUGAUCUCUGUAGGGGCACCAUGCUUCAGCAAAGCGUUACAAACUAACUCUGGGACUACAGCAUCACCCAAGAUUCACAAGCUAGUACAAACCUACACCUCCUAUUCCACCCUGGAGCCAAGGAGUUGGGUAAACUGGGAAGAUGAUGUACUUUGCUGGGAAUGCUAAUAAAGCUGUUAAUUUUGAAGCUGA